AUGAUAUCCCUCGUCAAGAUUCCUCUCAUACUUAUCACCACAGUCCUCUACGAUCGAGCCUACACUGCUCCCGUAUCUACUGAGACUGAGGAGGAGCAGAAGAAAGCAUUGAAGGCGGCUCAUGUCACGCUCGGGGAGAGGAUUGUACCCGGCACAACCCUCAUGGUCAAAGUUUUAUACUGGACUAUGAGUGCCGCCGAAAUCGCAUCAAUCCUCGCCACACGCUAUCCAUCGCACCCACUCUCCCUCUAUACGCGUACCCUUCUGUCGAUGAACGGCACCGAGGCCAGCAUAGCCUCUAUCGGCACAAUCACGCCCACCUACUUUUUCGGAUCCAUUCUCAUCGUGGCAGGCUCACUCAUCCGCCUCCGCUGCUUUCGUGAAAUGGGUCGUCACUUCACAUUCCGUCUUUCCCUCCGUGAGGACCACAAGCUCGUCACCAGCGGCCCGUACGGCAUCGUUCGGCAUCCAAGCUAUACUGGAGGACUCAUGACGACUUUGGGAUCCGUGCUGACUUUGGCGGGAAGCGGGAGUUGGUGGAAGGAGGUUGGAGGUUGGAGCGCGAGGGGGAUAUUCCCGAAGGUCUGCGCAGGUUUGCUUGCAGUGAGUGCGGCGUUUUGUGUAAAGGUGUUCACAAGGGCAGGGAAGGAGGACCGUUACCUAAAGCAGGAGUUUAGGGCGGAGUGGGAGGAGUGGGCGAAGAAAGUUCCGUGUAUGUAUCUUCCUGGGAUCUACUGAUCAUCCGAAAGCCCUGGUGGUGCUGUAUUCUUUGGGAGAAA